AUGUUCAGCGGAGGUCUUUGGGGUGCCAUUGCACCAGGCGGAGAGUCUCUCCUAGACAAGGAACGCAAUCCACCUGCCAAACCAAUCCCUCUUGAAUUUCCCAGCUAUGUCCCACCACGGUGUGGUAGCCCAUUGAGUCGGCGACAUAUGAGGACUCUCUGCAGAGAUCUUGUAUCUAUCCGCAAACCGCUCGAUGUCCAAGAUUCACAUGUCACACACCUCAACAUCCAGCUCAAUGAGAAUGUUUCGCUGGCAGAGAUGAUUCCGAAUAAACAUUUCGAGUCACGGCCAUUCUUAUAUGACAAUGACUUGAGUGCUAUGCUCACCGAGCUUGAAAUUGAUAAUGAAGACGCCUAUCGGGAGGUCCUUCGACUUCCGCCACUCGAAGGCAGGAAGAAACCACGCUUAACGUAUUCAAGGAAUUUUUAUGCAAGUCUGGAAGAUAUGUCUCGAUAUUGGGAUGGCAGCAAGGACAAUUAUUACGAGGUUGAUGCAAACGAAGCAGAAAACCCGGCUACAAAACCCACCAGCCCGAAUGCCGACAACGAGCAACAGGGUCCCAGACUGGAGGGCGAUGUCGAAAUGAAGGAUGCUAGCGGAAACCCACAAGUGUCUCAGGACGGCAACGACCACAAUUCAAAUGACAAUAUCGCGACCGACACCGCCUCAAAUUCGGGUACAGUCGAGAUCCCCACUCGGCCGAAAUUGAGGCCAGUGUACAAAGGCCAUCGACUUGGAAAUGGUGAGCAAAUGAGUCCGGGCACAAGAGUGGCCGCUGUGCGGAAUCUAGUCAAGAUGGCCACGCACAAAUUCAAUUGUCGAGAUUACGAGAUCAGCACUCGGGAAAAGUUCAGAAUACGAAAUAUAAACCUCCCGUCGGUCUACUACAAUUUUUGUGUAGCAAAGUUACCGGCUGAUGUAAAGCUUGCGAGAGCAAGAAUGGUGGAAGGCCCGCUGAUAGCAGUACACUGCAGGAGUGAGGUGAGAUUCAAGUCGAGGGACGGGCUCUUGGGUCCGACAAGUGAUUUUGUGGGCGAAAAGUACGACCUGUUCCGAGAGGUGGGUGGUUUAUUGAUGCUUGCCAAGCAACGGGCUCGGGAAGGGCAGAAGCUGUCCAAAGAGCCACGAGAGGAUCAGUGGUGGGCUAUUAAGACACGCUGGGGUGGAGGCGAAACCAAAUGGGGCCAGCUUGCUAACGAAAUUUUCGAGGAUGAAGACCCAAGUUGGAGCCCCGAAGAGCGGCGAUUGCAGCUAGAGAAAAGAGCGAAGGAGGAAGGAGAACGGAAAAGGGCAGAUGCAGCUUCUGCAGCUGACUUGAACAGCCUCAAACCAGAAGACCUCAUGUCGAACACGUCAGCAAGCAAUGAACGUCCGAAAAAGAAAAAGAAAAGCGGCGAGGACAAUGCUUCGUCCAAAGACAAGGCGGAGUACAAGGACGGGAAGAGGCUAAUGUACACUCCGCCUCUCCGCCGCAAAUGGUAUCAAGACUGGUUGAAGAUCCGACCGAAUUCCCCCAACUGGGACGAAAAGAUCAUUUACAAAAGGAUCGGUAUGCAAAAUCAGGAAAAUGGCAAAGGUGGUUGGGACGAUGUUUACAUGAUCUCUUCCGUAAACCACCAUGCGUGUGUGUUAAGGAUGAGUGUGCAUGAAAAAUAUCUCGAAUGGCUAGAGACAGGGAAGACAUUGCAAGAGCAUCGAAAGGCGCCGGGCGAGCAUGCUUCUGGUCCUACGUCGGACACGAAACAAGAACAUGUCCUCUACGUGAGCAGGAGUCAGUGGUAUGAUCUCUUUGACAUCGAACAGCGCAAGGAGCUACUGGGAGGGAUAUGGAGGCUCCUGUGCUGGAUCAAUCGAGACGAGCUUCCUAGGGAAGAGUUUGAGAAGAUGGAAGAGCUGAGGAGGAAACAGCAGCAGGAUAAAUCGAGCAGUGAUCACCGGAUGGAGACCCGGUAG